AGUCUUAGUUUCAGAAUCCGGUUUUGAAUUCAUCUGUUUUGAAUUUACCAUAUUUUAACAAUAUUUGCCGAGUUGUUGUGUUCUAAUUCGUCGAUUUUGCAGCUGGGGACAGCAAUAUUUUUCCAGAGCGAAUCAUCAAUUAUUAGAAACUCAUUUUCGUUACCUUGCAUAGCUGUGGUCUUGUCUUUUCUUUUUGUGUAUGUCAUAAUUUUCUAUUUAUAUUUAUCUACAGGUUUUUGGUUUGCUGUAUUUAUAGUAACAUCGGAAAUGCUGGCAGUGUUGUUUUUAGCGUUCAUAGGCGCACUAGUAUUUUCGCGGACUUGCUUUAACGCUUGAAUUUUGUCACACACACACACACACACACACACACACACACACUGGACUGCUUUUCAUGUAUUAAUUUAUCAUUUUUGUUUUUUGUAUUUCAAUGUCAUUUUGUAAUUGCUGUACAAUUUCGCUUUUCGAGUCCACUGCACUUAAAACAUUGGCAGUUUCGUCACGCAAAAAGCCGUAGCAUGUCAAUGGAAAAACAUAACUGAUGAAUUUCAGGUUUACUUUCGCUGACUUUUCGCGUCACCAGAAGUUUCACUUUAUGCACGAAACACCUUUCAUCACUCGAUUUUCACAUUCUCUACACGAAGAGCUGAUUAUUUUUUCCUUUUGAACAAGACCGAGUUGUCACGACACUUUUCUCUAGGCGUGAUCUUGAAUUUUGUUUGUAAAUAACACCUGACUAAACUUUGCUUUUACUUAGUAAAAGAAAUCUUGAUUUACAGAACACAUCAUUUGUAAAUAUUUCGCUUGUCGUCUGCUCUCUACUAAACAUUGUUAUUCAAGGAUCCUAGCUGUUAAUUUUCGUGACCAUCUUCUUCCCAUGUACAAACAUAUUCGAUUAGCUAUGUUCUUUCUCGUAAGUACUUUGUGAUGGCCAUGUGAGACGUGGUUGUUUUUAUCUUCGCGAGGGAUGGCGGCGGUGUAGUGCUGGUAGCAAGUUAAUUGCUUGUUUGUGGAUGUGACACAGUGGUACAUUUUGUAUUCUCCAAUUGAAGUCUGUUAAGAGCAAGCGCAGACAAAUACAAUGCCACCUCAAACUGCUGAAGUUCCUAAAGAGGAACCAGCUGACACAACACCUGCAGGAAUAAAAGCUGUUCUUUUAGGACCACCGGGCUCCGGCAAGGGCACACAGGCUCCACUGCUUAGGAACAAAUAUUGUGUGUGUCACCUAUCAACUGGCGAUAUGCUGCGUGCAGAAAUAUCCUCUGGGUCCCUUCUGGGAAAACAGCUGAAGAAAACAAUGGAUGAAGGAAAACUUGUAAGUGAUGAGCUUGUUGUUAACCUGAUUGACACUAAUCUUGAUCGUCCAGAAUGUAAAAAUGGGUUUCUUUUAGACGGUUUUCCAAGAACUGUCCCACAGGCAGAGAAGCUGGAUAAACUACUGGAGAAAAGAAAUACUGCACUAGAUGCUGUUGUGGAAUUCAAUAUUGAUGACAAUUAUCUGGUUCGAAGAAUUACAGGCCGGCUAAUACACCCAGCAAGUGGUCGUUCGUAUCACGAAGAAUUUCAUCCUCCAAAAGUUCCCAUGAAGGAUGAUUUAACAGGUGAACCACUGAUCCGUCGCUCAGAUGAUAAUGUUGAAGCGCUGAAAAAACGUCUAGAAGCCUACCAUAAGCAGACGAAGCCACUGGUAGACUAUUACAGCUUGAGAGGUAUACAUCACAGGAUUGAUGCCUCCAAAUCUGCUUCAGAGGUCUUUGAUAGCAUUGAUAAAAUAUUUCUUCGUUCUUCCAGAAGCAAGGAUAAAGUUAUGUUUGUAUAAGGAACAUUUGUAGGACAAUGCUGUAAUUUUAAUGAUGAAGUAUAUCCUGUUAUUGAGAAUUUAAGCCAUAUAGAAGCUGAUGGGAGUCAAAAUUUUAUUAUUCAUGCAGGUAACUUUUUAAGUUACAAACGUGACCAUUUCUGUCAAAGCUAUCGCACUGCCAUGCACAAUUAAGACUUGCAGUGUCUCUUAUAUACAUAUAUUUUAGUUUUGAUUGCCUGUCACUAUCUCCUAACAUUCAAAAAGUGAAAAAUAUUUUUCCAUGUUUAUAGUAACGUUAUUUUAUUACUUGUCACAUCAAAAACAUAUUACGCGAGAACCUGUGACACCUGAAGCACGUGAGAGUUUGUUGUUAGACAGUGAAUGAAGGACUUUCCAACUGUAUGAUAAUUCACUUUUUGGUUUGUGAAAGUUUCUUUUUAAUUUACACAAGAUUGUACUUGGCAGGCCUCAUAUAUGACUUGUUUUGCUGGUAUUAACUGUAUUGCUCCCACAAACUAAUGUGCACUCAGUCUGUGAAUCUGUAGUAAAUGAAAGCCUAGGGAUAUCUUUCUAUGAAACUUUGCUCAGUUUAAAAUAAAAUUAAGAAAUGACAGCAGUUGUAGAACUAAUCAUUAAAUUUUAGUUCCAAUAUUUCAAUUUGGUUGGUAGUCACUGUGAAUACUAAAUUUAAAAAAAAUGUACAGUCAAGUGAUUAUGUGUAAUGAAGGGACUAAGACAUGAGUCACGCAAUGAUCCAUGUUUACCAUUGUUCAGCGAAGGGCUCUUCUGACAUUGUUUGUACCUGUUAUGUGGGAAAUGGUGUAAAAGUAUCUGAUAAAAUAAAAUGCAUCAGUGCUUCUUUUUACUAA